AUGGUUACUGACUGGAAGGAGUUAGCUAAUGGGCAGGGUGGCUAUGGGAAAUCCAACAUGUAUGUGCGGAUAGAAGCAGCCUUUUUGCACAGGGGAGUGUUGCUGGGCAGGAUGCCCACCUGCUCCAAGCCUCUAGGUGACAGCUGGAACCAGAGCUGCAUGACCUUCUGGUCCCUGGAGGACAUGUCUGGUGCUGCCUGGAGGCACCAGGCAAUAGGCAGAGGCAGGGAGCACCCUUGCCCGCCCUCCCCUUCUCAUGUCCCGGCAGGUCUCCACUGUGAUGGUCCUGGGGGCUGGCUCCUGUUGGCCUGCACUGCAGUCCUCCUCCUGUCCUGGGCCCUGGGCCCCAAAGGGCUGUGCCCAAGGAGGGGCAGAGGCCUAGUGUCGGGGAUGCAGGCAGCAGCAGCUGCCACCACCACUGUGGGCUUUCUGGUUUUCCCAGUUAGCCUGGCCUUCCCAUUCAUCAAAGAAGCCUGCAAGGGCUCCUCCAUGUACCAUGGAGGGAAGUGCCAACUCGGCUGGAGCUAUGUGACUGCCAUCCUCAACAACAUCCUGGCUGGCCUCCUGUCCAUCAUUGGAUGGCCCCGCAUGACCAAGGUCUAGGGGAGAGCCAUAUUCUUCUCCAGUGACACUGAAUCAUCCUCAUGUGAGAAACCAUCAAAUAAAAACCUUCGAGGAAGGAGGAACUAGAAGAGCCCAUUCUGAAGAAACUGUCAUAGGUAGAUAUAUGCAACAGGGUAGGUGGAGUCUUGGCAACCCUUCAUCCCCCAGUUUGGAAUACAUACUUAGCUACAAAGAGUGUCACCUAGUCUCUUUCUAUACCCAAACCUGGCCUGAAUGCACCCCCCACCCUGGAAGUAGUUAAAAUUACCUUUAACAGUCUGUCCCUUUAGAAGAAACAGUUACAUGUGGCCAUCAAAACAGAAGUUUUGGCUAUUAUCUGUGGUUAUCAAACAACAGUGGCUAAGGUCAAAAAUUUUUUCUUUUUUCCUUUAAAAAAUAUUUAUGCCUACAACUUAAGUUGGUUUAUAGAUAAGUGUCAUUAGAGUUAAGGACAUGCUUUCACCCAAGUUGCCAGCUGAUCAAAAUGAUGUCAAGACUGAUUUUACAAAUGCAAUGUAUAUUGUUGUCUGUGUACAAUAACUUGAGUGUCUUCCAUUGGUCAAUAAUAAUGUGUUGUUAUGAUCUGGUUCUCAUAGGUCAUCUGAAAAUUUUGUUAAGAUAAUUAAAUGGGGACCCUGAAGGCUUGGGGAAACUGCUGGAUGAGACUCUCCUUGAUGAGUAAAGGAGCAGCUGCCUGGAAACAUUUAUUCCAAUCUUUAUUCACUAAAGGGACUCCAACAAUUUUCAUAGCCUUAUGGAAGACACCCCCCAAAAACAUUGCUAAACAUAUUACUGUAAUAUGUUUACACUGCCUAUCAUCAAAAGGUUGUUUUCUGUGGGUAAAACAAUAAGGUUUUCUUAUUAAAAGAUGCCCUUGUUACAAAACUAAAUUAAGAGACAAGGGUUUCCAUAUAGCUGUGACACUCAUUACUAAUUUCAUGGUGUGCUAAAUGUUUUCAUGCCUUCUGGGUGUACAAGUCUUCAAAGAUGUAAAACUAGGACUGUUUAUGGUGAUAACCUUUCCUUUUAGACUCAGCUAUCUGCCUUUCUC